AUGAGUGAAGAGAUUGAACCCUACAUAGCUAAGAAAUUUGAGAUCAUCCAGAAAUUAGGUAAAGGAGCAUAUGGUAUUGUGUGGAAAGCCAUUGAUAAGAAGUUGAAACAAGUGGUUGCUUUGAAGAAGGUUUUUGACGCAUUUCAUAAUGCCACUGAUGCAUAGAGAACCUUUAGAGAAGUCAUGUUUCUUCAGGAAUUAAAUGGACAUGAGAAUGUCGUUCGUUUGCUGAAUAUAAUGAAGGCUGAGAAUAAUAAAGACUUAUAUUUGGUAUUCGAUUAUAUGGAGACUGAUCUACAUGCAGUAAUACGUGCCAAUAUUUUGGAAGAAAUACAUAAGAAAUAUAUUGUUUAUUAAAUCUUAAAAGCUCUAAAGUUUAUACAUUCAGGCGAAUUGAUACACAGAGAUCUGAAGCCAUCAAAUGUCCUAUUGAAUUCUGAAUGUCUGGUGAAGGUUGCAGAUUUUGGCUUAGCUAGAAGUCUAGUGUAGAAUGAAGAGGAUGGAAUGGUUCUUCUCACUGAAUAUGUGGCUACUCGUUGGUAUCGGGCUCCAGAGAUCUUACUUGGUUCUACAAAGUAUAGCAAGGCAGUAGACAUGUGGUCUGUUGGUUGUAUUGUAGGAGAAUUGAUACUUGGAAGAGCCAUUUUUCCAGGGACAUCAUCUUUGAAUCAAAUCGAACGUAUAAUUGAACUCCUUGGGAAACCAAAAGCAGAUGAAUUAGAAUCUUUAGAUAGUCAAUUGGCUGCUAAUAUUCUAGCUUCAAUCAAUAUCUCGAAAAAGAAAUCCUUUGCAUAAUUCUUUACUGGGGCUACAGAAGAAGCUCUUGAUUUAAUAAGGAGAUUGCUUUGCUAUAACCCAAAAACAAGAUUGACUGCAGAACAAGCUUUAAAACAUAAAUAUGUUAUAGAAUUCUCGUAGCCAGAUGAGGAGAUUGUGAGUUUGCAGCCAUUCAAAAUUUCGAUGAAUGACAACAAGAAAUUCACCAUCAAGGAUUAUCGUGAGUCAUUGUACUCAGACAUUUCAAAGAGGAAGAAGGAUCAACGAAAAAAGUGGCAGCACAAGUAUUUAGCUCAAUUGGGUGUCAAUUUGGAAGAGGAGAAUGAUAAAAAGCUCAAAAACAAAGAACCCAGUCCAAAACGACAAGAUGAUCUGAUAGAUUUAAAUAAGGUGGACGAUUUGCAAUUGAUUUAUUAUUAACAAAUGCAACAAUAGGCUUUGUUAUAAAAGAAAAACUAGAGACCGCAAUCCCAAUCUGGAAAUUAAGUUAGGCAACACAGCCAAGAUGUUGCCAGAACUAUUUCUUAAGAAAAUUCAAUUUAACAGAUACAACAUACCCAAUAAACUCAUCAUAAAUCAAACUCGAUAGUCGCCAAUUCUAAUCAAUAUAAACAAGGAUAUUAUUAUCCAUUUUAGUAACCAAAUAACAAUUAGUAGACUUCAAAAUACAAUGGAAUCAAUAAAUCAGCUAACAAUAUAGUUCAAUAAUAAAUGGGAAGAUCAUCAACGGGAUACUAUUAAAAAGUCAAUAAAAAAUGA